AUACCUGAUUGUCUCGACGUCGCGUUGGUGCUCCGAGUUCUGUGCCGCCUACAGGAUUAAAGCUUGGCAAGAGAGCGCCCCACGGUCGUCUUGGAGUGCCUUGUGAGAGACGGGACCGGGGAGUGGCAGGCGUAAGGAUGAUCGUUAUAGCAUUGGCGGUGCUGGGGGCUCUUUGCUACCCCGGCGCACAUGCAAGGGAGGCCCGGUGGCUGUGGGACGAUUCGUACCCGGCGCAACAGUCAGCGGAAGUCUCCCCGGACAACGCCCCCGUCGAGCCCUACUUCGAAGGAAGGAGGAGAAACAACAGGAGAGGGGAUACCAGAGACGUGACCAUUACAAUCACCAAACCCGAAAUCCUGAAUGCACCUCUCCUACCGGCGAUACCGAAGCCCGCUCCCAUUACCGCUGCACCGGCCGUCAGCACGUCGCAAGUGCAAUUAGUGAAGCCUGACUCCUCGUGGGGUUUCGGUUGGAUUCAGGACCUGCUAACCCCUUGGAAUUGGAAUUCUCUUCUGCCAGACAAAACUUCCCUCCUACCAAACAUCAUAGGAAACGGGGGAUUAGGAAGCCUAGGAGACAAGGUAGGUCUCCUUGGCACCGGAACCACGGGUCAAGGAUCCGGGGUCCUGCUCCCCUCGCUGCCUGGGCUCAACAAGCCUAUCGACGCGCUGACAGGCACGCAGGACACGGCAGACUCAGGAGUGACGAACAGCGGCAUCUUCAUCGGUCAGCCGCCCAGCCUGUUGCCCAGUCUAUCUAGUCUUGGGCUGCCUGGCUUUGGCCUUAACAAGCCUAGUUUGGACCUGUCGAGCUUCAAGCCAGUGACCAACGCCCCUCCAACCCCGUCCAAAUCGGAGGUUCUAGUCAUCCAGUAUCCGGAGUUCAUCAAGACCAUCGGCCAGGGCAUCAGCAAGGUGUCCAAUGCCAUGACCAACCUCGGGCUAAGCGUCACCAACAGCAUCUCCAACAAGCUCUCCACGGGCCUCCUGGGCUCCACGACCGCGGCCAUAGGCUCCGGCGUGGCCUCCAUCAUCCCCCUCCAGGACGUCUCGGCGAACACCAACCACAACAAGGGCAGCGGCAACUCCCAGACGUACGCCGACGCGUCCAGCCUCGGCCCCGGCCUCUUCAUCCCUAACAAGGGCUCCAACGGCCUAGGCCUCGGAGGGCUGCUCGGAGGGGCCGGCCUGCCCAACAAGGACACCAACGCCCUGGGCAGCCUCCUCGGGGGGAGCGGGCUGGGCACCAAACCGAUCAACACCGGCCUGGGUACCCUUCUGGGGGGUAGCGGGCUGGGGCUCAACAAGGGCAACCUGCUCAGCGGCGGCGGCCUGCUCGGCAACAACAACAAAGGGGAUCUGAGCGGCCUGCUUGGCAACAAAGUGCCGGAGACGCCCGGGCAGUCCUCGGUCUACGUCCAGAAGACCAGAAAGUGAUGCGCGGGCCUCGUGCUAGUCUCGGUGCUCUCAGUUUAGUGAAACGGCCCGUCUCGCUGCCUUAGACUUACUCGUAAUGAAAGAAUCCGAGGUUUCUCGGUUAUACAUAUGUAUGCAUAUUUAUUAGAAAGUAAUGUAUAUAAAUCAUUUAGGUUAGUUAUGUAUGGAAGAGAUGAACUGCCAAUUCUCACAGCUGCAUCGAAUGUGAAAAUGAAUUAACCUUUGUUUCGUGAUCAGUAUUUCAAAACUGACUAAGCUGUUUAUGAUGCAACUUUUUCUCACUUCGUCGCUUUAUAAGUGUAUAUAAAAAGUCUUAAUUGAUCGCCUCAAAAAGGAAAAUUGGUAUAUAUAUAUCUUAUAUUUUUUCAGGAAAAAGUUCGAAACCUCAUAUGUUACAUUGUCAUAUUCUUGCAAAAUUUCGACUUUGUAAAUUUAUGUCAAUAUUUGCACCCUUUUUCGACUUGUCUCCGAAUUUGUCCAACGGCGUAUUUCAACGAGUGAGAAUAAGUAUUAUAAUCUUUCUACGUUACUAGAUUUACAGAAAGCGCACGGCUGUCGUUACAAAUGAAUCAGAGAAAAUACAUAUG